AUGCGAGUCAUUUACUUCCUCUCUGCUUAUCUGAUGGCCGCAGCGGUGGCACUUCCAGCGAAUACGGAUGGAUCGGAAGUCUUGGCUAGGCGUGGAAAGUGGGAAGAACUAGCAAAGGAUUUUUUGCGAAUUGCGCAGGGGCAAGAGGUACGGCCGCUUACGGAGGAGGAAAAAGCGGCGAAUGAAAAGGCGAGAAAAGAAGAAAUCGCCAAGGGGGACAAAUUUCGUGACGCACUGAAAGACCUUGGGGUGUCCGGCAAUGACAAAGUGAUAGGCGCGACGCUUGGGAAACUGCUCGGACAGGCAAACCCGGUGAAGUAA